CAUUGAAACUCUCUCUCUAAAAGGGCAACGCGUUAGCCUUCUUUUCCUUUUGGUUUUGUAAUUUCACUCUCUCUCUUUCUGGAAGGAUCACUUUCUCUGUGAAAAAAGGAUCUUUCUUGCUCUCCUGGGGAAACUCUCUCUCUGUAAAGCUUCGCUUUCCUCAUCUUUGGCAACGAUUUUCUUGUUGGGUAUCAUUAAAUACUGCUGCAAUGUCCUUUUCCAUGUGUACAGUUCCUCUUCUCGUUUAUCCCUGUGGCUAACGAGGGCACAAAUCUCUUUUUAUUCGAUCGUAGAGGAGAGAACCACCGUUCGGAAAGAGAUUUAUCCCUGUGGCCAAAGAGGGCAGAAAUCUCUGUUCGGAAACCAACCUGCAACUCUGUUUCUCGAUAUCUUUCUCUCUCUAAGUCAAGAACCAAGUUAUCCUAAAGUUUUAAGCGAGUUCUGUUCACAAACGUGGUUUCCACCUUCCCCAACUGCAUUGCCUGCCACCUUUCAGGUUUUUCCGGUGAGAAAACAUGCCGGAAAUGGGUAUUUUCCGGCUUCUGAUAUGGGUUUUCAUGGUUGGUUAUGUGGGGUGUAUGAUAGACGGAAUAGGAGUAAAUUGGGGUACAAUGGCGAUUCGCCGCCUUCCUCCUGAUACAGUUGUUCAGCUCCUUAAAGACAAUGGAUUUCAAAAGGUGAAGCUUUUUGAUGCGGAUCAAAGCACCAUGAGCUCCCUUGCUGGUAGUGGUAUUGAGGUCAUGGUUGCGAUCCCGAAUAAUCAGCUUGAAGCCAUGAAUGAUUAUGAAACAGCAAAGAGAUGGGUUGACAGAAACAUUACUCUAUACAACUUCGAUGGGGGAGUAAACAUCAAGUAUGUAGCAGUCGGAAAUGAGCCUUUUCUCAAGUCUUAUAAUGGGUCCUUCUUGAACACUACUUUCCCUGCUCUUCAGAAUAUUCAAAAUGCUCUCAAUGAAGCAGGAGCUGGGGACACGAUAAAGGCCACUGUGCCCUUAAACGCUGAUGUGUAUGACUCCCCUAAGGAUAACAGUGUCCCCUCAGCUGGCCGAUUCAGAUCAGAUAUUAAUGACCUCAUGGUUCAAAUUGUUCAGUUCCUCAACAAUAGCAAUGCUCCUUUCACUGUCAACAUAUACCCAUACCUCAGCUUAUAUGGGAACACUGGCUUCCCGAUUGAUUAUGCCUUCUUCGAUGGAACUAGCAAACCCGUUGACGAUAAUGGGGUCAUGUACGAUAAUGUAUUUGAUGCCAAUUUUGACACAUUGGUUUCAUCCUUAAGAGCAGCUGGGUUCCCAGACCUCCCAAUACUGAUUGGAGAAGUGGGUUGGCCAACAGAUGGGGAUAUGUUUGCUACCUCUCUUUAUGCCCAGCGAUUUUAUAACGGGCUGUUAAAAAGAUUAGCCCAAAACAAAGGGUCCCCAUUAAGGCCUGGCCACUUAGUUGUAUACUUGUUUGGCCUCAUAGAUGAAGAUGCAAAGAGCAUAGCCCCAGGUAACUUUGAGCGCCACUGGGGAAUAUUUUCGUAUGAUGGACAGCCCAAGUUCCCAAUGGACCUCUCAGGCCAGGGACAAAGCAGUCUCCCUAUAGGGGCCAAUAAUGUGAAGUAUUUGCCUGCACAAUGGUGUGUGCUUAAUACAAAUGCUAAGGAUAUGAGCACUUUGCCUGAUAAUAUAAACUAUGCAUGUACCUACUCAGAUUGCACUUCUCUUGGUUAUGGCUCUACUUGCAAUAAACUUGAUGCUCAAGGGAAUGCCUCUUAUGCUUUCAAUAUGUAUUACCAAGUACAAGGCCAUAAGGAUGAGAGUUGUGAUUUUGGAGGGCUGGCUGUCGUGACCACACAAAAUGCAUCGCAAGAUCCAUGUAAGUUCCCGAUACAAAUCGAGGUUUCUUCAAGUGGGGUAUUGAUUUUGUCCAUGAGAGCAGUCAUGGUGGCUUUGCUUUUUUUCAUUUUUUUCUCCUUGUAAUUUUCUUCUGUCUAUUCUCUUAAUUUAUUUUUGUAGAGAUAUCUCUGUAUCAUUUAUUGGUUUUGUACUCUUUUCAUCUUGAAUUGACUUGAGCCAAUGUAAUAUUUGGGUUAUAUUAUUUAUAAAAAUUAUUGUGCUUGAGUCAUUGACAGA